CAGCCGAGGGAGCCAGAGUCCGAGAGCUUUCAGCAAACCUAGGGCAGAAACCUUUGGCCGUCGAUCACUGGGGGGAACAAAGCCAACAGAUUCCAUCAUCACGACAACAAGUGUCAACAUGGACCCCUCACUGCUCGGCGAGACCACCGGGGUGGGAGACAUGGUGCUGCUCGACCCGCUGACCGAAGACUCGUUACUCUCCAACCUCAAGAAGCGGUUCAACAAGAAUGAAAUCUACACCUACAUCGGAAAUGUAGUUGUAUCAAUCAACCCGUACCAGUCGCUGCCCAUCUACACGCCGGAGAUGAUCGCAGAGUACCGCAAAUGUAACCUGUACGAGCUCAGACCCCACAUCUACGCCAUUGUGGACGAUGCAUACCGAUCGCUGCAGGAAAGAGACAGGGACCAAUGCAUUCUCAUCACCGGGGAGAGCGGAUCAGGAAAGACAGAGGCCAGUAAGCUUGUGAUGUCUUACGUUGCCGCCGUUUGUGGUAAAGGAGAAGAGGUCACAAAAGUAAAAGAACAACUGCUUCAGUCUAACCCUGUGCUGGAAGCCUUCGGAAACGCAAAGACCAUCCGGAAUGACAACUCUUCCAGAUUCGGCAAAUACAUGGACAUCGAGUUCGACUUCAAGGGCGAUCCUCUGGGCGGAGUUAUCAACAACUAUCUCCUGGAGAAAUCCCGGGUGGUCAAACGCUCAAGAGGGGAGAGGAACUUCCACAUCUUCUACCAGCUGUUGGCCGGAGGCUCUUCAAAAUCCCUGAGGAAUCUCAAGCUAGACAAGGACUUCACCAAGUACUCGUAUCUCACCACCGAGGCUGUUACCUUGAGUGGGAUGGAUGAUGCCUCCAAUUUUAAGGCCGUCAAAGAGGCCAUGAAGGUGAUUGGCUUCAGGCGGCAGGAAGUGAAAUCGGUGAUGGAGGCCGUCACUGUGGUGAUGAAGCUCGGCAACAUCCAGCUACAGGCGGACAGUGGGACUGAGAGGUGCUACAUCAAGGACGGCAAAGCGCUGGCAGAGAUCUGUGACCUGAUCGGCUUGGAACAGAAGAUUCUUGAACGCGCCCUCUGCUUCCGCACGGUGGAGGCGAAGAGUGACAAAGUCUCCACCUCACUGAACGCAGCUCAGGCUUACUUUGCUCGCGACGCUCUGGCAAAAAAUCUGUACAACCGUUUAUUCAACUGGCUGAUAAAGCGCAUCAAUGAGAGCAUCCAGGUGAAAGCGCAGGUAGAGCACAAGGUGAUGGGGGUACUGGAUAUCUACGGAUUUGAGAUCAUUGAGCACAACAGCUUCGAGCAGCUGGUGAUCAAUUACUGCAACGAGAAGCUGCAGCAAGUCUUCAUCGAGCUGACACUGAAGGAGGAGCAGGAGGAGUACGUGAGGGAGGGCAUCAAGUGGACCCAGGUUGAAUAUUUUGAUAACACCAUCAUCUGUGACCUGAUCGAAAAUGGGCGGCGGGGGGUGUUGGCGAUGCUGGACGAGGAGUGCCUGAGACCGGGGAAGGCGACAGACGGCAGUUUCCUGCACAAACUGAACCAGAUUUGCCGCGAUCACCGUCACUACGAGAGCCGAGAAACCCAGAGCCAGAGAUUCAUCAGCGACUCCUCACUGACUGACCACUACUUCCGUGUCCAGCACUAUGCCGGCAAGGUGACGUAUAACAUCAUCGGGUUCAUGGACAAGAAUAAUGACCUGCUGUACCGGGACCUCUCGCAGGCCAUGUGGCAAGCCCAACAGACCCUCAUCAAGUCCCUCUUCCCCGAGGGGAACCCUAGCAAAGUCUCCCUGAAGCGGCCGCCCACGGCCGGCAGCCAGUUUAAAGCCUCCGUCGCGAUCCUCAUGAAGAACCUCCUCGCCAAAAACCCCAACUACAUCAGGUGCAUAAAACCCAAUGAGACCAAGAAGCGGGGGGUGUUUGAGGAGGGGUUGGUGGGGACACAGGUGAGGUACUUGGGGCUGAUGGAGAACGUGCGAGUGCGUCGAGCUGGCUAUGCUUACCGUCAGCUGUACGAGCCGUGCCUCCGCCGCUACAAGAUGAUGUGUAAAAGGACAUGGCCCAACUGGAAGGGAAACGAUAGGGAUGGAGUAAAAGCGCUUCUGAGUGAAUUAAAUAUCCCGCCGGAAGAAUACAGAUUUGGCCAGACUAAGAUCUUCAUCAGAACCCCGCAGACACUCUUUGACCUGGAAGCUCGGAGGAGGAAGAGGAUGGGGGAGCUGGCGACCAUGAUUCAGAAGACAUUCCGCGGCUGGACAUGUCGCAAGCACUUCCUGCUGAUGAAGAAGAGUCAGGUCACCAUCGCAGCCUGGUCCAGGCGUCACAUGCAAAUGAAGAAAUACCAGAACAUGAGGAGGGCAGCUAUCGUGAUUCAGACCUGGAUCAGAGUUUGGCGCGCCCGACGGCAGCUGAGAGACCUGAAGGACCGGAAGCACGAGGCGCAGGCCGUCAGCUUGAUUGCCGCCGGUUGGCACGGUUACCAGGUGCGUAAACAAUACAGGAAAUACUUCAAGAGCGACGCUGUGAAGAAGAUCUGUCACUUCAUCAUCACCAGAAUAAUCCAGAAAUACUUACUGACCCUGAGGAAUUCGCUGCCCCCGAUGUCGCCCAUCGAUAGAACAUGGCCGCCACCAAGGUACCACUUCCUGGUGUCCACUCACCGACACCUGCACAGCAUCUUCCAGGCCUGGAAGUGCAAGAAAUACAGGGAGAAUUUGCCCAAGCAGCGGAAAGUUGAUCUGGAAGUGAAGCUACAUGCCAGCCAGCUCUUCAAGGACAAGAAGUCGGCAUACCCGUCCAGUGUGAGGAUACCAUUCCAGGGUCAGUACCUACAGCCGCAGCAAAGCUCCAAAUACCAGAAGCUACUGAGCAGCAUGGAGGGCCAACCUCUGCUCCUGGACACCAUCACCAAGAUCAACAGGAAGGACGGCAAGAAUUCUCCGCGGAUCCUGCUGAUGACCACCGGCUACUUGGCGCUGGCUGACCCCAAGUCGCCGCAGAUUAAAACUCUGCUCAAAGUGGAGGAGAUCAGCAGCCUGUCUGUCUCUACCCGUGGAGACGGUGUCCUCGCCCUGCACCUCACCCAGAACUGCGCGAUGGGAAAGAAAGGAGAUUUCCUGCUGAGCAGUGACCACCUGGUGGAGUUGGUGACAAAGCUUCACCGCAGCUCAGGCCACGCGAUAUCCCUGCACAUCACCGACCAGAUGUCGAUGAAAUUCGGGCAGAACGCCGUCAGCAUCACCUUCGUCGCCGCCAACGGGAAAAACGGCGUCAGCACCACUUGCAAGAAGCGAAGCAGCCGGGCAUUCGAGAUGCAAGUUCCCUGACCAUCUCCCCACCCCCCGACCGUCCUCCCCACCCCACCCUGACAGUCUCUCCCCACCCCUUGAACAUCCCUCCCCAUACUGACCACCUUCCCCCACGUUAACAGCCUCUCUUUCCAACACACUGACCGUCUUUCCCACCGUUCCCCCCUUGACCACAUACCCCAAUCCUGACUCCCCGUCUAUCUGUCCCCUAACCAUCUCUCUCCCCACAUUCUACCCGGAAUGGAAACUGUGAUGUUUUGGGCUCAGGAAUGAAGAGGACAAUCCACCCGGACAAUCCUUUUUAUAUUUAUUUUCGGAUUGCGCAUUAAAUACCAAUCAGGUUUGCAAAUACAGUGUCAAUGAUAACAGUGAUCUCUUAAGUGCAUAAAUAUAAUUGCUUUAAUAAAAUGAGCUUCAACUCUG